UUCCGGGGCCGCGCCAACCUGCAUGUGUUUGAGGACUGGUGUGGCAGUUCCAUUCAGCAGCUCAGGAGGAACCUUCACUUCCCACUGUACCCACAUAUUCGCACAACCCUGAGGAAGCUGGCCGUGUCGCCCAAAUGGACCAACUAUGGCCUCCGCAUCUUUGGCUACCUGCACCCCUUCACCGAUGGGAAGAUCCAGUUUGCCAUUGCUGCAGAUGACAACGCUGAGUUCUGGCUCAGCCGGGACGACCAGGUGUCAGGCCUUCAGCUGCUGGCCAGUGUGGGCAAGACUGGAAAAGAGUGGACUGCCCCUGGAGAGUUUGGGAAAUUUCGGAGUCAAAUUUCCAAGCCAGUGAGGUUGUGGUGUGUGGUAGCCAUGGGGCUGGUAGAGUGGGUCCAAAGGAGAUCAGUAGGUGAGCCCACAACUUGUGAGAGGGCAGAGCUAGAGGGGAGUGGGGUCACGCACACCCCAUACUGUCCCUGGGGGCGGUUACAAAAGCCUGGGCUCUGGCUCUGCCUGGCCUCUCAGAGGGGCAGGGGCCUGGGUUCUGGGUUUGCUCCAGGACUCACAGCUGCUUCUGUUCUUUCCUCCCUGGGCCCAGAUGAGACAGUCCUAAGGAUGGAUGACGUGGGCCAUAUCCCUCAGACAGCAGCCAGCCAUGCAGGCUCCCGAGACUCUCUUCCCAGAGAGGAGCUGCCCCUCGCAGACAUGCUGCGGCCCGACCCUCGGGACACCCUCUAUCGAGUGCCUCUGAUCCCCAAGACUCAUCUCCGCCACAUCCUGCCUGAUUGUCCCUACAAACCCAGCUACCUGGUGGAUGGGCUCCCCCUGCAGCGCUACCAGGGACUCCGCUUUGUGCAUCUGUCCUUCGUUUACCCCAAUGACUAUACCCGCCUGAGCCACAUGGAGACUCAUAAUAAAUGCUUCUACCAGGAAAACUCGUACUACCAGGACCGGUUCAGCUUUCAGGAGUACAUCAAGAUUGACCAGCCUGAGAAGCAGGGGCCGGAGCAGCCAGGUUUUGAGGAAAGCCUUCUAGAAGAAUCCCAGUAUGGAGAAGCAGCAGAGGAGACCCUUGCCUCCAAUGUCCAGAAUGCCAGGAUGCCAGAGGGAAGACAAGUGCCUACCUUUCCCCUUGGGCAGGAUGUCACUGACUACCACCUCCGGAGCCUGCGGAAGCUCCUAGCUCAGCCCCGGGACGGUCUGCUGGCACCGUUUUCCAAGCAGAACUCCACAGCUCCUUUCCCUGGGAGGACCAGUGAUGUCCCAGUCCAGCAACCAGAGAAGACGGAGCGAAGACCCAGCCCCCAGCCCAGCCAAAAUCCACCUCACUCUGAGAAGUGGCCCCAGGGGCAUCUGGCGGGGAAAGUGCCUCCUGUCAAGGGGCCUAGGCCCAGUCGUGACAGUCCCAGGAAAACACUAGGGCAGUCCCAGUGGCUGAAUCAAGUUGAGACAUACAUCGCAGAGCAGAGAAGGGGAGACAGGAUGGAGCCCCCAGCCCCCAGGAGGGGUUGGCAUGGUGAGGAAGACAUCGUGGUCGCUGCAGGCCAGGAAGGACAGAUGGAGGGAGAAGAAGAGGGGGAAGAAGAAGAAGAGGAAGAGGAUAUGAGUGAGGUAUUCGAAUACGUGCCCAUGUUUGACCCAGUGGUAAACUGGGACCAGACCUUCAGUGCUCGGAACCUUGACUUCCAAGCCCUGCGGACUGACUGGAUCGAUCUGAACUGUAACACAUCUGGCAACCUGCUGCUUCCAGAGCAGGAGGCUCUCGAGGUCACACGAGUCUUCCUGAAGAAGCUCAACCAGAGGAGCCGGGGGUAA